AUGCUUUUUUUUACUAUUUUUCAAAAAUGGCCUAUUACUCCAUAUUUAAUUCUUCGUGUAAGAAGAGAAUGUAUUAUUGAUGAUAACCUUAGACAAGUCAGUAAUAAUGAAAUAGAUCUUAAAAAAAGAUUAAAAAUUGAAUUUAUUGGCGAAAAUGGUAUAGAUAUAGAUGGGCUUAGGAAAAAAUGUAUAAUUUUAGAUAAAAGUAUUAUGAUUAAUAUUUUAGAAAUGUUUACUUGGAGUGAAAAAGUUAAUUAUUAUUGGUUUAAUCCUACCUCUUUUGAAUCAUUGGUCCAAUAUUAUCUUGUUGGAGUUAUUCUUGGACUUGCUAUUUAUAAUUCUACUAUUCUUGAUGUUUAUUUUCCUUUAGCAUGCUAUAAAAAAUUAUUAGAUAUUCUUUAUGAGUUAGAUGACUUAAAAAACUUUCGUCCUGGUUUAAUUGAAGGAUUUCAAUAUCUAUUAGCAUUUGAUGAUAAUGUAGAAGAUAUCUUCUGUAGAGAUUUUGUAGGAGAAUAUGAAGCACUUUGA